AGCCACUUGCUGCGAACGUGUCGUGCUUAGAACGACAUUUUAGACUCUUUUUUUUUUCUAUUGCGAAAUUAUCCGGAUUUUUUUAUUUAAUUUUAAUCAGAAGACAGAAAGAUAAAACUAUGUCGACUACAGCGGUUUUACCGACAUUCGUCGGCUGGAACGAUCUUCUCUUACAGCAAGCCAUAUUUGUACCUGCUCCGCAACGACCUCGUCAAAAAGAGGACAGACAGAACGAUAGGUACAAGACGGAACUAUGUCGGCCAUUUGAGGAGUCGGGUCAUUGCAAGUACGGUGCCAAAUGUCAGUUCGCCCACGGUAAAGGAGAAUUACGAGCUACCCAAAGGCACCCGAAAUAUAAAACGGAACUAUGUAGAACCUUUCAUUCCUCUGGUUUAUGCCCAUACGGUAGAAGAUGCCAUUUUGUUCAUGGUGAGGCUCCUCCAAGUAAAAAACAGGAACAACAACAACAACAGAAAGAUCUCCUAUAUUUUCGCUCCUUCCAUUUGCCCCUAACAAGGAAUGACUCGAUAGGAAGUUGUGGCUCAGCUAGUUUAUCAACUAGCCCAUCCGCUUCACCCUCUUUACCGGCUAAUGAUGAUGUCUUUCCAAAUACGACAAAAUUUCAAUUUCCUAAUGCUCUGGAUGCGCUCCCAGCUCAGAUAAGACAAGUUUUGGACGAAGAUUGUUGUUCGAGCCCACUGGACGUCAGUAAGUCGUUACCGACGCUACCGUUUUUCUCGAAUUUACACGAAUCUUAA